UGCUGGUGGAUGCUAGGAUCCAGAGUGGUGCUGGUGCCCCGGUCUGGGUGUCUGGCACGGCGCUGAGCGGUGCUGGUGGAUGCCAGGAUCCAGAGUGGUGCUGGUGCCUGCAGGUGCUGGAUGAGGGGCAGCAGGCACUGGCAGCCCGCAGUGACUACAACUUCGACCACCCCGAUGCCUUUGAUUUCGAGCUGCUCGUCAGCGUCCUGCGCAAGCUCAAGAAGGGCAAGAGCGUGAAGGUGCCSGUGUACGACUUCACCACUCACAGCCGGCGCCGCGAGUGGAAAACGGUGUACGGGGCCAAUGUCAUCGUGUUUGAAGGGAUCCUGGCUUUUGCUAACAAGGAGCUACUCAAGCUCCUGGACAUGAAAGUGUUCGUGGACACGGACUCGGACAUCCGGCUGGUGCGGCGGCUGCAGCGCGACAUCAUGGAGCGCGGGCGGGACGUGGYGGGGGUCAUCAAGCAGUACAACAAGUUUGUGAAGCCGGCCUUCGAGCAGUACAUCGAGCCCACCGUGCAGGUGGCCGACAUCGUGGUGCCCAGGGGUGGGGAAAACUUCGUUGCGCUGGACCUCAUUGUGCAGCACGUGCACAGCCAGCUGGAGAAGCGGGAGAUCACAGUCAGGGCAGCCCUGGCCUCUGCCCACCAAGGGCAGCCCCUGCCGAAAACGCUGAGCGUCCUGGAGAGCACUCCACAGGUCCGGGGCAUGCACACCAUCAUCAGGUACGUCCUGCCCAGGCCUCUUCUCUGGCCUUUUGGGAGCUCACAGCAGGAGGCUGGGGUCAGUUUGUGAGUGUUGGCCUCGGUGGGUGGAGCUGG